CGUGGAUCCGUUGCGCGUCACAGUUCGUGUCGUGCGCUGCUCACAACGCGAGGCUCGUGGUGGUCGUGGUGGACACGACAACGAGGAGUCGUCGUCUUCGUAUAGGAAGAGGAGGUGGUUGUUGGUGGUGGUUGUUCUUGUGGGUUCGCGUGUCCAUCGCUGUUGUUGUAACGAGCCACGGGUGCGACUUUGUGGUGUGGACGCCGUCGUUUUCUGAGGCGAGAGGAGACGAGGAAGAGGAGGAGAAAGAGGAAGAGGAGGAGGAAGGGGGGGGUGGGAAGGCGGGCAGGGAAGAUGUCGGCGCAGUCACGUCGCCAAUCGUGCUACCUGUGCGACCUGCCGCGCAUGCCGUGGGCCAUGCUGUGGGACUUCUCGGAGGCCGUGUGCCGCGGCUGCGUCAACUACGAGGGCGCCGACCGCAUCGAGCUGGUCAUCGAGGCCACCCGCGCCAUGAAACGCGGGGCCAACGGGCCCUCGGCGGCCGCCUCCGCUCACAACAAGCAGCCCAAGGACGGCGGCGGCGUGGCGGCGGUGGCUACGGGCCCGGCGGGGGCGGGUCGGGGUCGGUCGGCGGAUCGGGCGGCGGGCCUCCCGGGGUCGGCGCGGCCUCGCCUCAUUCGGCCGCCGAGGCGGCGCGGCGGCGGCGAGGAUUUUCUUCGGCAACGGCCACGGAGGCCACGGGGGCCACGGCGGCGCGCACGGCAAGGACGAGCGCCCGAGCUGAGCCGGCACAGCCCCACGCUGGGGCAAGCAGCAGCGCGGGCGGGCGGCCGGGGUCGGCGCGGGCACCGUGGGACACGCGGGCAGCUCGCUCUUGCAAGACUCAAGUCCCCCAUCCCCUACGUGGGGAUCGCGCUGCCCGUCACCAUCCUAGAAUUUCGCUCCGAUGCGGAAGGAUGCUGGAACGAGGCGGACGCUGCAUCGUCGGUCACUAAAGCACAGGGCUCUGGGGCAGGCUGCAAUGCGGGGUCGCGCCUCUCCCGUAAGCGGCGCGUGUCCCCGGACCCAACGCCGGACCCCUCGAAGCACGACGAGUCGGGCAGCGGCGGCGGCGGCCUCCGCCUGUCGGCGCAGCACGCGCACUGGCUCCACGCGCCGCCCGACCACGGCAUGCGGCUCACCGUGGCCUACCCGCCACCCUCGGGGCCCUCCCCAAUGGCGGCCCUCAUCUCGGCCACCGACAACCUCGCCAGCAGCAGCACCAACGCCGGCCACGCCAACAGCGGCGGCGGCGGAACGCAAUCGCCGAAAGACAACGGCAUCCCGCAGGUGCACUCGACCAGCUCGCGCCGCAACAGCAACGGCCACCACGACGGCGGCGGCGGCGGUGGGAGCGGCUCGCCGAGCGAGCUGCGCGUGCGCAGCAGCGGCGGCGGCGGCGACCAGGGCUUGCUGAACUCCGGCGGGCAGCAGAUCCCGGACUCGCAGGCGGGCGUGGGCAUGAGUGUGGCGCUGGCGGGGGCUGGCGCGGCGUCGCCCCUGUGCUGCACGCUGUGUCGCGAGCGGCUGGAGGACACGCACUUUGUGCAGUGCCCCUCGGUGGCGUCGCACCGCUUCUGCUUCCCGUGCUCGCGCGAGAGCAUCAAGGCGCAGGGCGCGGGCGGCGAGGUGUACUGCCCCAGCGGGGAGAAGUGUCCCCUGGUGGGCUCGACCGUGCCGUGGGCCUUCAUGCAAGGGGAGAUCGGCACCAUCCUGGCCGGCGACGUUCGCGUCAAAAAGGAGCGCGACCCGUGAUGGCGACGACGGUGGAACGCGUUCGCCGUCGAGAGGAGAGAAAAAAACAUUGGUGGUUAAGUUUGCUGUUCUGCCCGUCACGUGUCUUUAAUUUGUUGCUCCUUUUUAAACUACGUGUGUGUAUUAUUGUUUAUGCCAACAUCACAUUUAGAGCAGGUCUAGUGUGCUUCUAGUAUGCCGUCCCUUCUGCCUCUUGGUUCACGGAUUGGCGGCAGCGUAAAGGAGGAGCCCUGUGGGAGAUGACCGAGUUUUACCCGAGUACGCAGGGGGGCACCGUUUCGAAGAAGAAAACCUCUCCAUUGAUGAUAAUUCUACUGAGCCGCCCACUAAGCCCGUAAGUGGAACGUUUUUAUAAAGUAUGAAAAAAUAAAUAUAUAUCUAUGCUGUACAUAAACACAUAUAUUUUUCGUUUUUAAAAUUUUUUAAAGAACGAAAGUUCCAAAUUGGUGCCAAUUGACAAAGCGCGGGGGGGGGGGGCAAAUUGACGGCACGGGGUGGCCUCGUGUUCUGUCGUCGCCUUGCGGGGGGGGGGGGGGGGCCCCCCUCCGCCUGAGACGACGAAAGUGGUUGUCCCAUCUGCACUCGCGAGGCCCCCCCCCCCCACGCCGCACCAGUACGACGCAACUCGACAGCACCGCCAUCAGACAAAUUCACCCGCCCUCCACCGUCGCCUAGGCAACACCCCCUGGCAAAUUCCAGAAACGUGUAGACGCUUCACGGCCCUAUCAGAUAAGCCGUGCCGCGCGUGCGCUUGAGGAAACCGCGGCAGAGUGAGGCUUUCCUCUCGAGUGAACCAGGCCCUGCAGGAGAGCAAGGAGGAGCGUGCGGCGGCGCCGGCAUCGCAGAUCGCCUGCGUUGUCCUGGGGAGCGGCUGCCAGCAGGCCUUGGUCCAUUGGGACGUUGCCGAGGGGGGCGGUGGGGGGGGGGCAGUCUGAACGGUCGGCCAAGAGAGGGGGGCGAGGACGCCAGGACGCGAAUGCCAUUGUCCCCUUUGUGAGGCAAGACCGUGUCGUGCCGCUGCCGACGUGCGCAUGCUGUAACACUAACCGCGCACACGCUUCCAUGCACGACAGCCGGUGGCCGAAAAGGCGGUGACAAGGGGCACGGAAACCAGCCGCUCCGGUUUCACCCGCCUGCCUCGACAGAGCCCCCCUGCUGCAUACUUUGCCCCCAAUGCCCGUGCACGUUCCACCGUCGUCGUCACCAUGAUUUUUUUUUUUUACUUGAAAAGAAGAAUUUUCCCUUUCAGUAACGCCCGUCCCGGGGUGGCCCGCGUCGCUCGACGUCCCGCGGCUGUGACACACGGGGAGGAAUGGACUGGCUCUCUACCCCGGUGAAACACGGCAACGUCAAGCGCGAAAAGAAACCUCACGGGUGUGAUGUAGGGUUUACACGGAUCUAUCCGGGUCUUAGGGUUAUUAAUGUUGUUUUAGCUCGUCCACCUGUAUAAUCGUCGAUGAUCUUUUUUUGCCCACGUAUUCUUGAGUUUUGUUUUUGUACGUAUACUCGGCUUGGAGAGAUGAAACUCGUUUGUACGGUUUUUAGAGAGCGCUGUUUGGCAGUGUCUAGGUACUUGAGGGGGGUGGUCUCGCGAGCAGGAAGCGCCAGGCAACAAACUCGGCGAUGUCGAGGGUGGCGGAGGUCACGCCGCACCGCGCUGCGCGAACUUUGUACAUUUCUGUUUUUCUUUUUUUCGUUUCCGAGGGUUUGCUUAAAAGAGGAGGAGGAAAUGCAUGUUUAGGAAAAAGUUUCAACAAAUCCAACAGAGAAAGGUAAUUGGCACAGGCCCCGAGGGGGAGGGGGGUGGGAUUGAAGAAUGCAGUCGUUGUGCGUGUGUUUGCGUCUAAAGUGCAUUUAGUUGUAGAUUUGCACUCCCGCGAUAGUUGGAACUCUGCGGUUGGCUACGCGAUCGCACGAUCGGCGGCGUAAUGAGACCUUGGGCAGCAUUUCGAGUGUUGAUCUUUUUCGUUUCGUGCUUUUAAAGGUGAACAGUGGUAGGUUGUAAAGUUGGUGUGAUCACUACGUACUAUGGUGCUGUAAUGCAAGGAAACCUCACUAUCCGUAAAAAAGAGACUGCCGGGGUCGUGGUUAACCGCCGCAUGGAACGCAGUCAUCGCACGUGGACUCUGUUUUUAACAAUUUGAGUUGCGGUAAUCGCGUGUGAGUUUAACCUCAUUGUAGUGAUGGUGUUCCGACCACAACUCUUCUUACCAGAGUCUCAGUCUGGCUUUGAGUCUCGCACCAAUCUCAUCGGAAUUCCACACGAGUCUGAUUCAAGCUUUACACGCUACAGUCUUAAUUCUCCCACCACUUCCAAUUGAAAUUCCACACCGGGUCUCGUAUUUUUCGGAGAAAUGAGGUUUUUUUUGUUCCAGCUCCCAGAUCCCUUCGCGCUUUUCGAGUGUGAUUGGAGGCGGGUGGCUUGUGAGGGGUGGGGGGGGGGCUGUCUUGUACUGUGUUUGCAAACAAACAAUAAAACG